AUGUCGUUCAAGUCGAUACUGGCGAAGCGGAGCGGCCUUAAAGCCGGGAACCAGCGCACUCGCGCGUCGGAGAUCACGGUGCGCGAGUCGCUGCUGCCGCUGUUUCUGGUGACGAUUUUGUAUUUUCUUUGGGGGUUUGCCUACGGCUUGCUAGACACGCUGAACAAGCACUUCCAAAACACGCUGGACAUAACGCGGGCGCGGUCAUCCGGAUUACAGGGCGCGUAUUUCGGCGCGUACCCGGUGGCCUCGCUCGGCUGGGCCAACUGGAUCCUGCGCCACUACGGCUACAAAGCGACGUUCAUGACGGGGCUGGUCCUGUACGGCAUCGGCGCGCUGUGCAUGUGGCCGGCGGGGCUGAACCGCUCGUUUGGCGGCUUCUGCGGCGCCACGUUUGUGAUUGGCAGCGGGUUGGGCUCGCUCGAGACGGCUGCGAACCCCUUCAUGGCUGUGUGUGGCCCGCCGAAGUACUCGGAGCUGCGCAUCAAUCUCGCGCAGGCCGUGCAGGCUGUUGGCACGGUGAUUGGGCCCGUGUUGGGCUCGUACGUCUUCUUCAAGGAUACGGGCGACAGCGUCGACUCCCUCAAGACGGUUCAGUGGGUCUAUCUCGCUAUUGCGGUUUUUGUGUUUCUCCUCGCUGCUGUGUUUUUUGUGUCCUGGAUCCCGGAGAUCACGGAUGCCGACAUGGCGUUCCAGGCUGAGGAGACGCAUGUCGGGUCUGGAGACAAGCCGUUCUGGAAGCAGUGGCCGCUGUUCCAUGCUGCGGCGGCUCAGUGGUGCUAUACUGGUGCUCAGGUCGCUAUUGCAACCUACUUCAUCAAUUACGUCGUCGAGACGCGCAAGAACACCGACAAUGCCCUCGCCGCAAAUUUUUUGGCCGCUGCACAGGGCUGCUUCGCUGUCGGUCGCUUCACUGGUGCUAUCCUGAUGAAGUUCAUCAAGCCACGCUGGGUCUUCCUGGCUUAUCUAACGGCUGUCGUGGCUUUCAACGGCGGUAGCAUCAACAACUCGGGCGACGCGGGCCUAGCCAUGCUGAUGAUGACGUUAUUCUUCGAGAGUGUUUGCUUCCCGACCAUUGUCGCUCUGGGUAUCCGUGGCUUGGGACGCCACACGAAACGCGGCGCUGGCCUCAUCAUUGCGGGUGUGUCAGGCGGAGCGGCAGUUCCUGCAAUUCUGGCGGUGACAGCAGAUGCACACGACAGCACGAGCUUCGCGAUGGUCGUACCUCUUUGCUUCAUGAUCGCGGCGUGGUCGUACGCGAUCUGCGUGAAUUAUCUGCCCUCGUACCGCGACCCGGCGGACAAGAUUGGAGCGAGUAAUAUUGGUGUUGUGGGUGGUGGCAAGGAUGAAGAGGAAACUGUGGAGAAGGCUGUCGAUGCAAAGCAUAUUGAGAUUGUAGGGGAGGGAAUUGCUGGGAAAGCAUAG